GAGGGUUCCGGAGCUGUUGUAUGCAGGGAAUCUUUCAAUGUUCAUCAGCGUAGUCAGUCACUGAGAGUUGGGGAGUUCCAGAGGUACAUCGUGAAUGAAUGAAGCAAGCUCGACUUCAAGUUGGAAAGUGCACUGUUGACAGCAACUGAGCUAGUAGCACUGCUUUUGGCUCCGCUUUGGAGUGUCUUUCUUAUCUUUUUUUUUUCCUGUUUUUUGGAUUAUUGUAUAUCUCUUGAUCAUGUUUUCUUCAUGCACCUGGAUGUUAUUCCGCCCCGUUUCUUAUCUUUUCCUUGUUAUUGCUGGAAUUGCUGCUUUUAACUUGGAUGUUGAGAAGCCAACAGUUUACAGUGGUCCAGAGGGAAGCUACUUCGGAUACUCCGUGGAUUUCCACAAACCUGUGCCGAACAGAAACACAAUGAGUAUCCUGGUUGGAGCUCCCAAAGCUAACACCUCCCAGCCUGGGAUAGUUGAAGGAGGAGCUGUGUAUUACUGUCCAUGGCCAGCAACAGACUCAGAUCGCUGCAGGCAGAUACCUUUUGAUAUGUCCAAUAACAGAAUGGUCCGGCUCAAUGGCAGCAGGAUACCCAUUGAAUUCAAAUCCAAUCAAUGGUUUGGAGCUACGGUCCGAACCCAUAAAGGAAAAGUAGUGGCAUGUGCUCCACUAUAUCACUGGAGGACUCGUAAACAGGACAGCGAGAAGGAUCCAGUUGGCACCUGUUACGUCGCAAACCAGAACUUCAGUACCUAUGCUGAAUAUUCACCCUGUCGCUCCAGUAACCCAGACCCCGAAGGACAGGGCUUUUGCCAGGCUGGUUUCAGUGUAGAUUUCACAAAGGAUGGAAAUCUUGUGGUGGGAGGACCUGGGAGUUACUAUUGGCAAGGACAGGUAAUCACGACCAGUGUGGCUGAGAUCAUCAAUGGGUUUUCAUUCAAAGAGAUCCUGAGAAAAGUCAAAGGGGAAAAACAAACCAGAGCAGCCCCAGACAGCUAUGAUGACAGCUACCUCGGAUACUCUGUUGCCGUGGGGGAAUUUACAGGAGAUUCCGAGCAAGAACUCAUUGCUGGGGUUCCAAGAGGAGCACAUAACUUUGGAUAUGUAGCAGUCAUAAAUUCUUCAGAUUUGACCUUCAUCCAGAAUUUCACUGGCGAACAGAUGGCAUCAUACUUUGGCUACACAAUGGCUGUGUCAGAUCUGAAUGGUGAUGGAUUGGAUGACAUAUUAGUAGGUGCUCCGCUCUACAUGGACCGUGAAUUUGAGAGCAAGCCCAAAGAAGUGGGACGAGUCUACAUCUAUCUGCAGGAAGAUGCCUUAUUUUUUAAGGAUGCCAUUAUACUAUCAGGGACUGAAGUAUUUGGCCGAUUUGGCAGCUCCAUUGCCUCUCUCGGGGAUAUAAACCUGGAUGGGUAUCAUGAUAUUGCAGUUGGGGCUCCAUUUGCAGGCGAGGAUCGCAGAGGCAGAGUUUUUAUCUACAACGGACAGCAGGACGGAUUAAAACUGCCUCCUUCACAGGUUCUGGAAGGAGCCUGGACCUCUCAGUCUAUACCAGCAGGAUUCGGUUUUACUUUGAGAGGAGACUCAGAUGUGGACCAGAAUGAAUAUCCAGAUUUGAUUGUAGGCGCUUUUGGGGCAGGAAAAGCUGUUGUUUACAGAGCUCGGCCUGUAGUGACAGUGGCUGCUCAACUCCUGCUGAACCGCGUGAUUCUGAACCCAGAGAAUAAAACUUGCCAGGUGCCAAACUCUGAGACCUCUGUGACUUGCUUGACUGUAAGAGUUUGUGCAACAGUAUCAGGCCGUGGCAUACCAGAUUCAGUAGCCUUAAAUACCGAACUGCAUCUGGAUCGGCUGAAACAGAAAGGAGCAAUAAAAAGGAUCCUAUUCCUUGAGAAUGCCCAAUAUCAGUAUACCUUCCAGCUGCUGGUUGAGAAGAGGAAACCUCAGGCAUGUCAGAACUUUGUUGUGUACCUAAAAGAUGAGACAGAGUUUCGAGAUAAGCUGACUCCUAUCAGCAUUGGGUUGAAUUACAGUCUGGAUGAAUCGAAUCCUCCUGGGGGUUUGACUCUGAAACCAAUAUUGAAUUAUUAUGGGAAGCCAUUCAUUCAUGAGCAGGUCUACAUUCUUGUGGACUGCGGAGAAGACAAUGUGUGUAUCCCAGAUCUGAAGCUUUCAGCCAGGAUGGACAGAGAACAGUUAAUCAUCGGGGAGGAGAACCCACUGAUGCUGACUAUAAAUGCACAGAACCAAGGGGAGGGAGCCUACGAGUCAGAGCUCCAUGUGCUCAUCCCCCAAGAAGCAGAUUACAUCGGAGUCGAGCGCAAGAAUGAGGCUUUACGGCAGCUGAGCUGCGAGUACAGGAUGGAGAAUGUGACCAGAAUGGUGGUGUGUGACCUUGGAAACCCCAUGGUAGCUGGAACCAAUCUCUCUGUAGGUCUGCGCUUUGCUGUCCAGCGUUUGGAGGAAGCAGGCUCUGACAUCAAGUUUGACCUUCAGAUCAAAAGCUCUAACAAGGACAAUCCAAGGAGUAACCCGAUUAGUCUUCAAAUCAACAUCACUGCAGUGGCCCGCGUUGAAAUACGGGGAGUGUCCCAUCCUGCCCAGAUAUUUCUGCCCAUCCACCAAUGGGAGCCUAAGGACAAGCCAGAGAAGGAGCAAGACAUUGGACCAUCUGUUCAGCACAUUUAUGAGUUGCACAACAAAGGACCCAGUGCCAUCAGCAACACCUUCCUGGAGGUGGGCUGGCCCAGUCACUUUAAAGAUGAAUACCUUCUGUACGUCUUGGAGGUUCAGACAGACAGACUCAUAAACUGCAGAACAAACACUACAAUAAAUCAGCUGAAUCUGGAGACAUCUGCUCUCCCGGACACCCCUGAACUACUGGGCUUUCUGCGAAACUCUACCACUGUGCAUUCUGUCAGGAAGCGUGAAGUCAUCGUGCCUGAGCCGCUAAGGCAAUACAAUGCGAAGACCUUGAACUGCAGCAAUGUCAGUUGUUUAAGGAUGGCGUGUCACGUUGUACGACUGGAUAAAGGGCAGAGCGCUGUGGUUACAGUGAAAGCUCGACUCUGGGCACACACUUUCUUACAGAGAAAGAAUGAUCCAUAUUCCCUGCACUCAACUGUAUCUUUCAAAGUGAUGGACAUGCCUUAUCGCAUCAAACCAGAAAGGCUUCCACAUGCAUCCUUAGCGAUAAAAACUUUGGUAUUGUGGGCCACCCCUGACGUCUCAUUUGCAAUCCCCUUGUGGGUUAUUAUAUUGGCCAUACUGCUUGGGUUGCUGGUUCUGGCUAUUUUGACUUUAGUCAUGUGGAAGUGUGGGUUCUUUGACCGAGCACGCCCUCCAAAAGAUGACAUAUCAGACCAGGAGCAGCUGACAUCAGAGAAAUCCACAGAUCCGUGAGAGAGAGAAAGAGAGAGAGAGAGAGAGAGAGAGAGAGAGAGAGAGAGAGAGAGAGAGAGAGAGAGAGAGAGAGAGAGAGAGGUGGCCUUUCAGAUCAUUUGGACGAUCAUGAAAACCAGCUGGUUCAAAUCUUACUUUUUGUAAUGAAGAACUGAAUUUUACAAACAAGCUGCCUUAAAAUGCUAAGUGCCACGAGACGUGAAACUGUGCAACAUGUUUUUAAAUCACACACACACACUGCAGGACCAAGCGAAACAGUGGAGUGGGGGCCAAUCAAUUCCUUUCUGAUCUCUUAUCUACACUUGGACUAUGUCAUUGUAAAAGAUUAAUUUAACUGAAUAUGCCUUGAAGGUGCGAUAAUAUAUGUGGAUGGAGGAAUGGUAAACCCAUGCACACAUGCUCUUCCAAGCUGUGUGCAUAAUAAUUGAUGAUGCUGAUGUUUUUAUUUUUUAUUAAUGUCAUGUUGUAUGGAAGAUUACUGUUGCUUCUCCGUGAGGCGAAGUGUUUAGAGACUUCUCUUCAAAUGUGUCAGGGAGACAGACAGGCGGUUUCAAUAGAUGUUGUAAUCAUACAGCUGCUGUGCAACACGAGGACCUGACAGAAAUGUCCUUACAAAGGGAUGUAACAGGAAGACACUGCCCCACAGAAACGACCACUAUUUUUCUUUUGUUUAUUUUUCUUUCAAUUUAUUCAGCGAUUUUAUUAGGUUUAGAAAAGCCGCUACAUGGAGUCCUCUUAAAUCCCACUGCCACAAAAUAACUUGUCACGUGCAACUUGUGAUCUUGUUGUGCCUGAAUAGAGUUGCACAAUUCAUUGUUAUAUAGGACAUGAGCAAAAUGGAUGUGCCUCACAGACUGGACAAAUACAAAAUAAGAAAGCAUAGACCUUUGAGCUGUCAAAAAGACAUGUACAAUGUCCAAUAUGAAUCUAUCAUGAAGAACUUUAAAAUGCAGUUUGCUUUGGCCCAUUACUGUAACAUAUGCUGCGCAAACAACUGUCAGUCAUAUUGGGUUAAAGGGGGAGGGAUUUAUUCUAAAGUAACUCCACUGCAAGUCUACAGUACACCCAGAUAUGUGGUUUCAUGUUCUUGGUGUGUCAUUUAUGUUGAUGUGAGAUUCCCAAGUUUCACGUUACUGUAGCAAGACUGGUAGCAUGUGCCAUGGUCAAUAUUUAAAUUCCAACUUAAUUAGUCGACAGGAUUCCUUCUAAUGGCCACUAGAUGGCAUGCUGUACUUUGUUACUUAGCAUAAUAAGCCUUAGCACUUUAUAUCAAUGUGAUAUCUGAUUGGUCGUCUCCAUUCUUAAAAAUGCAGCCCAGUGAUAAUUACCCCUGUGCAAAAUGAAAAUCCAAUAACUAUUGCUAUGUAGUUAUGUAGUUAAUUGGUUAUCAAAAAUCCCAAAGUACGAGGACUUACUGAAAACCGACCUGGUUACUGUGUGUCUACUGCAGUUCAUAAAGCAAUGAGUAAAGCCACGCUUGCAACUCUUCCAACCUCAUUCUGACAGAUUUCAUAUUGGGCUGUGCCAUAGCCAGAGCCGCUCCUGGCACCAUGUUAGAGAAGUGUAGUGUGUUUAUUCUGUGUUUACUGUGGGGUUUAUAAACACCAAUGUUUUGGUUCACCCACAUCAGUUCCUUUGUAUCACUGUAUGUGCCAUGUUAAAAGUGCACAGUAUGUUAAAACAGCACAAUCAUCAUUCCGUAUUACAACUUUAAGAUGUGAUGGUAAAAGAAAUGUAAAUGGUGCAACGUUGUUACCUUAAGAAAUUAUCAAAUGAAGUUGAAACGAUGCUUCCUCACCAAACUAAACAAACAAAAUGAUUGGUAUAGUUUUACAAAAUAUUUACAGCAGCAUGCAUGUCUUACAAGAUAGUACGUGAAAACAUUACUUUUAAAGUAGUGGACCAACCAUCCAUGUAUAUGUGCAAUAAUUUAUAUAUUUAAGAUCCUGAAGUAUGUUUACACUGGUAUGCAUUUUGUAUUUGAACUUUUCAGGAUUUAUGUAUUUAGUGUUUAGUAAGUAAAUUAAUCUGUGAGGUUCUGAACAUAUGUUAUCCUUAUUUAGCAGUAAAAGUAUGUGGGGGCGGACGGGAAGGGGGGGGGGGGGUAACUGUAUCUUAUUGUGUUAACAGAUUACAUCAUGAGUACUUAAUUUCUUCUUUUUUUUUUAACCAAAUUGGAUAAGGCUGUAAAAACAUAAAUGCAAAGCAGGAGAAAUGUCACAUAAUUUUAAUAAUUGAUGUUCAAGCUGUCAAAGCUUUUCAUAAUUAAGAUUACUGUACAUAAUUCACUUUUGAAAUAAUAUCCUGGAAUAUACUCAUGUUCCUGGAUUCAAACCAGAAGACACAGCAAUUGCCAUCCAAAGAAAGACAUGACUGUGCCUUAAACAGCUCUGUUGUUUGUUACAAUAUGUAGACGAACAACAGCAAUAAGGAUAGAAUGUAACCCGGGACUUGAGGUUUGGUUUUAUUUUUACCAUUUAAUCUAAAUGAACUAAACAAAUCUUGAUGCAUCACUUUCCUAGCUUAUUGUACGCCAGGCUCAUAAUGAAUUGGUGUGGGUAGGUUGUACUCCUGAGAAUAUGUGAGCAAUGUAAUGGCACAUGAAAGUGAACUUUGACUAGAGUACUGUGUGUGUCUGUGGCUUGUAUGAAGAACACUUGUCCCUUUCCUUACUAUGAUGUCUGAGUUUGAAAGAGAGCAAAAAAGGGUUUUCUUUUGACCUGUUUAAA